AUGUAAUAAAUAAAAGGGCUGUUCACUAAUUUGUUAGAAAAUUUCGAAUAAAUGAUUUCAAAUAUCGAUGGGUAUGACAAAAUAUUCAUAUUAAAGUCUCCAAAUAGAGAUCAUUAAAUAGCUGCUCGAAGAGACCUUAGAGCAAAUGUAUGAGAUUCACACUCAACUGAAGGAAUCAAAUAAUCCUACACCUGAGAAGAGUUCUGUUUCAAGAGCAACUCAAUAGAAAAUUUAAGACUAAUAAACUGCGUUAUAGCAUUAAGAGAGUGAGAUUGGACAUCAAAAGUAAGAAAUAUCACAACUUAAGAAUAAAAUUAUGCUGUUAAAUAAUUAAUUAAAAGAUAAAGAUAUUUGUAUAUCUAAUAAAUUCAAUAUUUAGAAUAUAAUGAACUCCACGAAUUAACAAAGAAACAGCAAGAUAAAAGUUCCAAUGAAAAUAAAAACAUGAAACAAUUCUAUCUUGAGAUCGCUUAAUUAAAAUAAACAAUUAAGCAGCAAGAUGAUGAAUUGAGAGUGCUUAACUAAUAGAAUAGAGAUUUAGAAGAUGGUAUUCUAACCAUAUAUUUUAGAAAUACAACAAACAAAGGAAACCCUAUUAAUUCAAUUGGAAAAUAAAGGUUAAGAAUUGGAGAUUAAUCAUCAACAAUAUUUAUCAAUGGAGAAGAAAUAUUAGGCGGAAAUCUAGUUUUUAAAUUCGAAAAAUUCAGAACUGACUCUUUUGGAUUAAUAAUAUAAAGAAUAGUUCUCAAAAUAAUAGGAAGAAUUUGAGAGAUUCUAAAACUUAUUCAAGGAAAUUUAAAACAAAAACUAAUUUAAAUAAUAAAGUAAUGAUUAGUUGAUUGAAUUAUAAAUUGAAUUUGAAGAAUACUAAAAUAAAGCAGAAGAAGAAUUGUUAGCCCAAAAGUAAUUAAUAAAAGAAUUGAAUACAACCAUUAACUAAAAAAAUUAGGAAAUUAUCUUGUAGAUUUCUCAAAUUAAAGAUUUAUAAUAAUAAGUUGAUAAUAAAGAUUAGGAUUAAUUUUAGGCGAUCAAAGAAAAAAAUUCAUAUUAGUUAACUUUAAAAUAAAUGGAAUAGCGUUUUAAGAAAUAAUUGGAAGAUUAUCAAGAAGAGUUUGAGAAUUUAAAGUAAUUAAUUGAAGAACAGACAGAAAUGAAUAAAUAAAAUUAAAUUAGAUAUUCAGAGUAAGAAGAAUUAGUAAAUAAUCAAAAGUAAAUAAUUGAGGAUUAUAUUGAAUAAAUUUAGAACCAUUAGUAGGAGAAGAAAAAGUUUAAUAGAGAAAUAGAAAAAAUGAAAAUAAUUAACGAAGGCAUGCAAGAUCAAAUUGAUUAAGUAAAUAAUUAGAAUCUAACAGCCAUUGAAACCUCUAACAAAGAAUUACGAUAUCAGAAAGCCCUUGUUAAAUAAUUGGAAUAAGAAGUGAUCUAAUUAACUUCUACAGUUAAAGCACAAGAACUUUAAGUCUAAGAUUUAUAAGAAUAAUUAGCCUAAGCAAAUAUAAUUUAAUAAUCAAAGGAUUUAUAAUAUAGAGAGUUAUAAUAGGAAAAACAAUAGUUAGAUAGAUAAUUGUACUAAAAUGAGUUUAAUCUAUAAGAGGAAAUAAAACAUCUAGAAUUAAAAAUUACUUAAUUUUCAGAAAACAAGAGAAGAUUAUAAUAAUAAAUUGAAGCACAAAUUUCUUAAAUUAAGUCUCUGUAGAAUGAAAAUUCAGACUUAUAAGAAUAACUUAAUCAAUUAAAUUAAAAUAUAGUUUAGAUGGAAAUAUUAGAAUAGCAAUAACAGCAAAGUAUAUAAUUUUAACAUGAAAAAAUUAAUCGAUUAGAAACCUAAGUGAAAAUUUAUAAACAAUAAGUAAUUUAAUAAUUAUAAAUUAGUUAUAAAGCUCAAAACCCUUAUCUCAUUCAUUUAGAGAUUCUUAUAAGACUCCAGAGAAGGAUAUCUUAGAAACUUAUGAAUAAAGAUUGUAAAUGAAAUAAAAAGAGAUAGCUAAACUUUAGGAUAUGUAUUAAUAAGUAAUAGAAUAAAACGAAUUACUUCAAAGCUACACUGAAAAAAAACACUAUAAAAAAAGUGAUUAGGACUUUGAUAAAGAAUUUAGUUCAUAAAUUGAAAGUAUUCUGGAAUCAGAUGUUAUUGAAAAUCCAGAUUAAGAAAGAGUUAAACUGCAAACCAUUAUUAAAAAUAUUCAAAAGAAAACAUAGAAAAAUUGAAAUCAC